AUGAAGAACCCCGUAAGUCCCAUCGAGGAGAGCAAGACGGCCAUGUGCCUGUCCCCACAAGAGAAACUAAAGAGCGCGGCAGUACAGCGCAACAAGCGUUCGCAUGCUGCAGUCGACCUGGACGGAUGGAUCAGUGACGACUACGUGCGUGCAAUGGACUUUGACGACCGACUCAAUCAGGAUAUCGACUGGGUGGGCCACGACGAUAUGGACCUGGCGCUGAGCAUGGACGCUCUGGCGCAGGACCACACGACUAGCGACGACGUCAACGACUUCUCUUCGUUCCUGCGCGGCGGCUUGGCCUUCGAGGACCCCGCGGACAUGGCUUCGACCUUCGGUUAG